AUGUGCAACUGGUAUCUACCAACUACAUCGGGGGUUGUCAGCUGGUUUGGCCUCAUAGGCUUUAUUCUCACUCUUUUGUUCAUCCCGGAUACGACAGGUCUCGGCCUUCGUAAGCAGGAACGAUACUGGCAUUUCAUUCGGGAAGGACGACCUCAAGAUUACCACGGCAUCACAAUCCAGCCCAGACAUGUCAGUUGGUACGAAAGAGUGGUCCUGAAGCGGCACCUCCAGUAUAACCCGGAGCUGGAUCGCCUUGCUCGGAUCAAUGAGCUCAGGGACUUGUAUGAGGAGGCCGAGGGUUCCAAGAGCGGCGAAACAGAUGAUGAGAAAACUCUCCCAGGAACCAACCAGGCCGAUCUAGACGACAACGUUAGCGGAUACUUCGACAUGAAGAGGCGACACGGGAAGAAACAGGAUUUGUGA